AUGACCACCAAUCAAAACGUGAAUGACAAGCCUUCAAUUGGGAUAGUUGGGGCUGGGUUAGUUGGUUGCUUGGCAGCUUUAGCUUUUACACGAAAAGGCUACGACGUCAACCUUUUUGAUUUAAGACCUAAUCCGUCAAGUAUCGAUCGCUCAAGGAGAAAUUUACGAUCCAUUAACCUCGCCGUUAGCAAUCGUGGUCUACGAGCUGUUGAGUAUGUCGAUGAAGCCUUGUCAAGAAAGAUUCUCGAACAUGUCAUUCCAAUGCAAGGAAGAAUGGUACACGACAAAACUGGUUUGAAACAAGAGUCUCAAUUGUACGGAUUACACGGAGAGUGCAUAAACUCCAUCGAUCGGUCCUAUCUUAACGACUUGUUGUUGGAGGAGUUGGCCGAAAGUGGAGUAAAAGUCUAUUUUGAGCACAAGUUGGUAAAGUUGGGCAAUGUGGAUACUGCGCCAACGAUGGAGUUUGCCAAAAAGGAUGGCAAUGUGACAUUUGGUUUCGAUUACAUCAUAGGCGCGGAUGGAGCUCACUCUCAUUUCCGACAUCAAAUGCAAAAGGGUAUGCGAAUGGACUUUUCCCAAAAGUAUAUUGACAUGCAGUAUAUGGAAUUGUAUAUACCGCCUGAUCCCGAGAAGAAAUUUGCCAUCGAUGCAAACCACUUGCACAUUUGGCCACGACAUGAUUUUAUGUUGAUAGCCUUGGCCAAUGAAGAUGGAUCUUUUACAUCCACAUUCUUUAGUCCGUGGCAUGUGAUUGAGUCAAUCACAUCGAGUAGUGAGUUUACCCAGUUUUUCAAGACGAAUUUCCCUGAUGCAUACAACCUCAUUGGAGAAGAAGCGUUGGUCAGUGCUUUUGACAAUAACCCGAGAGGAUCGCUUAUGCAAAUUAGUGCCUAUCCGUACAACAGUCCCCAUGGAAAAGCCAUUAUAAUUGGAGAUGCUGCUCACUCGAUGGUACCUUUCUACGGACAGGGAAUGAACUGUGGGUUUGAAGAUGUGAGAAUAUUGAUGGAGUUAAUUGAGGCAAACGAGGGCAAUAUCGAAAAGGCCUUCUUGGCGUACUCUCCCCAGAGAAAGGACGAUUUAGAUGCUAUUUGCAAAUUGGCGUUGGAUAACUAUUACGAAAUGUCAUCUAAAGUGACAAACAUCUGGUACUUGGUUAAAAAGAAGCUAGACUACACUUUGGGAUCCUGGUUUGAAAACAGAUGGUUGCCAUUGUACACAAUGAUUUCGUUUAGAGAUGACAUUCCAUACUCCAAAGCGGUUACGAUUGAAGCAAAGCAGUCGAGGAUAUUGAAUAACUUGCAGAUCGGCUUGGUAGGGUCUAUUUUAGUCUACGGGGCGGUUCAAGGCGCCAGGCUUUAUGAAAAAUGGAAGUAUCGUUAA